AUGAGGUUCUUUAGCAUUGGACCGGCUUUCAUAGCCUGCAUUCUCGCUAUUGGAAUUUCACCAAUCAGCGCUGAACCCGCUUCAUGCUAUCAAGUCGACAAAGACAAGAACAUUAUCAUUGACAAGUUGGUGUUCUUCGGUUUUGGGAUGUGUACAAAGCACGACUACUUUAACUGGGGAUCCGGUGACAAUAACUUCCACAAAGGUUGUGUGGGAGAGUUUCUCGCAUCUGAGGAUUGGGUGACUUCAAGCUAUACACAUACCGAAACCGAAUAUAGUGCUGUCGAGACGACUACCUUAACGCCAACCUGGACAGUUGAGCGCUUUGUAGUAACGACAGUUAAACCUCGUGCUCGUCGUUGGGAAGAAGCCGGCCAUGCCAAAGACAUUCUCAAACGACAGAAAACAACAUCAAUCUGCCCGUCGGCCAUUGAGACGCAAGCAUGUUCGUGCAUCCUGACAGGUUGCGCACCGCCUGUAACGAAGGAUGCUAGGAGUACGAUCAAAGAAAAGGUCACGGAGACUAGUUACUCUGCUAUCGAAAUUCCGAUCACCUACACCAAUGUCGAAUGGACUGGUACAUCCACAACUGAAAUUGAGGAAUACACCGAAACAGCUACGGUUGGUGUACUCUCGACGCACACGACAACUAUAAAAUGCACACCUUCUUCCACAAACCCAUCGUUUUACCUCCAAGCCACUGAUGCACCCGCUAUCAACGGACAAUAUUGGUGGGCCGCACCGACAAACCCGCGACUCUUAAGCUUCUCGGUUGAGGUUGCAUUCAACCCAAACAUCGCAGAGGCUACCGUAUUCUCCUUAGAUUCCGCCAACCGGUUGAUCACUAGACACAAAGGUGGAACUUUAUACGUCAAUGUCGAUCCUUAUGCUAGUUUCUCAAUCGUGCAUCAUCUUACGAGGGAAAACAUGCGGUUGCGCAAGUACAAUUAUUUGAGGUGUGAAAUCAAGCCGCCUAGUGGUAGAUACCCUGGUGGUUAUGGGGAGUUGUAUUGUUUGGCAGAUGGACCGUUUAAUCGAAAAGUGUUCAAUUGGUGUCCGAUAUAUCUGGAGUGGUUUAAUGCUCCUCUGGUGCUUUCGAAUCGCUGGAGUGAUAGGACUCCGCCGUGUGCUCCGAUUGUGUUUUUGGUAAAGCCGGUUUGUGAAGAUGUUUAA